AUGGCCAAGCCUCACGCCGGCUUCAACACCCCGCGCCCCUCCUCCGCCCGCUCCGCCGCUCGCACCACCGCGGGUUCCUCGUCGACGGACACGACUCCCCUCGCCCCCACCUCCAUCCCCCGCGCCGACCUCUCCUCCUCCGGCGCCAAGGCCGGUGUCACCUCCGCCAUCCGCACCCCCUCGGGCUCCUCGUCAUCCACAGAUCUCUCCGGGCCCUUCACCCGCAGCUCCGUGGGUUCCUCGUCAUCCACGGAUCUCUCCGCGAGCACCACCCGCGACAUCGCCUCCAUCGUCAAGGAGGUGGGCAAGCGCCUGGACUACGAGGACGACUCCCCCUUCCCCACCGCCGCCUCCUUGCAUCAGCCGAUGCUCGCGCCCGAGGGCCUUGCCGACCUCGCGCCCCUGCUCGAGCUUCCCGACCCCGACAACGCCUCCCCCACCACCGUCGUCUCCGCCUCUGACGCUGACGCGAAACACGCGAUGACCGCUUCCGUCGACUCCACUGUCACCCAGGUUGCAGCGCCUGCCGACUUCACCGCCGAUGGCCCCCUGCUCACGGAGAUGGAUGGCGUCCUCGCCGAGCUGAGCGGCGCCCGCGGCCUCAGCCCGCGCUCAAAGCGCCUCCUCCUCGCGCUCGUUGAGGUCGCCGACGCGGAGCUCAAUGCCAACCCCACGGCCGCUGUCCUCCACAUUCGCCGCGCUGCCUUCUGGAGGAAAGUGCGGGUUGGGAUCCUCGCCGCGACGGUCUUUUCCGUCGCCGCGAUCGACGCCGCGCUGGCCUUCGCGCUCUACGGAGCCCGCCAUGGCAACGACCGGUACCACCACGUGCUGCCCCCUACCUGA